UCCCGGGAGCCCGUUCCUGGUGGAAAUCAGGGGCCAUCUGGCCAGGGGACCAGCGGCUCGCUGAGACUCAACAUGACACUCCUGGGGUCUGAGCACUCUUUGCUGAUUAGGAGCAAGUUCAGAUCAGUUUUACAGUUACGGCUUCAACAGAGAAGGACCCAAGAGCAGCUGGCUAACCAAGGCAUCAUACCACCCCUGAAAAGCCCCCCUGAAUUCCAUGAGCAGAGAAAACAUCUGGAUAGUGACAAGGCUGAAGACACCCUGAAGCACAAGGUCAGAAACAGGUCCGACCGUGCAGAUGUGGUGAAAAUGCACAUACUCCAAGCCUCCACUGCAGAGAGAUCCGUUCCAACUGCUCAGAUGAAGCUGAAAAGAGCCCGACUCGCAGAUGACCUCAAUGAAAAGAUCGCUCUCCGCCCGGGGCCCCUGGAGCUGGUGGAGAAGAACAUACUCCCUGUGGAUUCUGCUGUGAAAGAGGCCAUAAAAGGUAACCAGGUGAGUUUCUCCAAAUCAGCGGAUGCAUUUGCCUUUGAGGAGGACAGCAGCAGCGAUGGGCUUUCUCCGGAUCAGACUCGAGGUGAAGACCUCCAGGGCUCAGCGGGAUCCCCCCCAGACACAAAAGCUACGGAGACCCCUUUGGUGGGUCCUCGGGGGACAAUACAGGAUCUUACUUCUGGCUCUGAAAAUGAGAGGAACGACUUGGCCCCACAGCCCGGCAACCAGUCCGACCUGGGGAAGCAGGGCCUCGGCCCCCUGGGCACCACCGUCCCUGUGCACGCUGCUGUCAAGUCCAAGUCCUUGAGCGACAGUAAGAACCGCCACAAAAAGCCCAAGGACCCCAAGCCAAAGGUCAAGAAGCUCAAGUAUCACCAGUACAUCCCCCCAGACCAGAAGGCAGAGAAGUCCCCUCCGCCCAUGGACUCGGCCUACGCCCGGUUGCUCCAGCAGCAGCAGCUGUUCCUGCAGCUGCAGAUCCUCAGCCAGCAGCAGCAGCACCGCUUCAGCUACCCCGGGCUCCACCACGCGCAGCUCAAGGAACCAAAUGAGCAGAUGGUCAGAAAUCCAAACCCUUCUUCAGCACCGCUGAGCAAUACCCCUUUGUCUCCUGCCAAAAACAGCUUUUCUGGACAAACUGGUGUCUCUUCUCUCAAGCCAGGCCCACUCCCAUCCAACCUAGAUGAUCUGAAGGUCUCUGAGUUAAGACAACAGCUUCGAAUACGAGGUUUGCCCGUGUCCGGCACCAAGACGGCCCUCAUGGACCGGCUCCGGCCCUUCCAGGACUGCUCUGGGAACCCUGUGCCCAACUUCGGUGACAUAACGACGGUCACUUUUCCGGUGACGCCCAGCAGCGCGCUGCCCAACUACCAGUCCUCCCCGUCCACUGGCGCCUUGUCCAACGGCUUCUACCACUUCGGCAGCACCAGCUCCAGCCCCCCAAUCUCGCCCGCCUCGUCCGACCUGUCGGUGGCGGGGUCCCUGCCGGACACCUUCAACGAUGCCUCCCCAUCCUUCGGCCUGCAUCCGUCCCCGGUCCACGUGUGCCCCGAGGAAAGCCUCAUGAGCAGUCUGAACGGGGGCUCCAUCCCUCCUGAGCUGGACGGGCUGGACUCUGAGAAGGACAAGAUGCUGGUGGAGAAGCAGAAGGUGAUCAACGAGCUCACCUGGAAACUCCAGCAAGAACAGAGGCAGGUGGAGGAGCUGAGGCUGCAGCUGCAGAAACAGAAGAGGAGCACCUGUCCCGAGAAGAAGCCGCUGCCCCUCCCAGCUGCUCCCAUCAAGCAGGAAGACGCCGUCUCCAGCUGUCCAUUUGCAUCCCCGCAAAUAGCUGUGGAGAGACAGAGCACCGGCCCGGAGGGCCAGCCACCGGCUCGUGAAGAUGCCCAGCUCCUGCCCCUCGGGAACACGCACUGCGCGGAGCCCUCAGGUCAAAGCAACGUACUUUCCUCCACAUUCCUCAGCCCGCAGUGCUCCCCGCAGCAUUCGCCCCUCGGGGCUGUGAAAAGCCCGCAGCACAUCAGUUUGCCCCCCUCGCCAAACAACCAUUACUUCCUAUCCGCAUCUUCAGGCGCCCAAGAAGAGCACAGGGUCUCCUCACCUGUCAGCAGCCAGGUGUGCAUGGCACAGAUGGCCGGUUUACACUCUUCUGAUAAGGCAGGGCCAAAGUUUUCAAUUCCAUCCCCAACUUUUUCCAAGUCAACGUCAGCAGUUUCAGAGAUAACCCAGCCUCCAUCCUAUGAAGAUGCAGUAAAGCAGCAAAUGACCCGGAGUCAGCAGAUGGACGAACUCCUGGCUGUACUCAUUGAAAGCGGAGAAAUGCCAGCUGACGCCAGAGAGGACCAUUCAUGUCUUCAGAAAGUCCCGAAGGUCCCCGGGUCCUCUCGCAGCCCCACUGCUGCCCUCCCCAAGCCCCCGGCUUCCUUUGAACCAAUGUCUGCAGGAGGCCAGCUCGCCUUCGAUCACUACAGCACCGACGGUGACGGGCACCUUGAAGUCUUAUUAAAUUCCCAGAGCCCCUUGGGGAAGGUGGGCGACGUCGCCCUUCUGAAAAUCGGGAGCGAGGAGCCUCCUUUCGAUGGGAUGAUGGAUGGAUUCUCCGGGAAGGCCUCGGAAGACCUCUUCAACACGCACGAGAUCCUGCCGGGCCCCCUCUCCCCCAUGCAGACUCAGUUUUCACCCUCGUCCGUGGACAGCAGUGGGCUGCCCUUAAGCUUCACGGAAUCUCCUUGGGAGAGCAUGGAGUGGCUGGACCUCACGCCGCCCAGCUCCACCCCGAGCUUCAGUGCCCUCUCCACCGGCGGCCCCAGCAUCUUCAACAUCGAUUUCCUGGAUGUCACGGAUCUCAAUUUGAAUUCCCCCAUGGACCUCCACUUACAGCAGUGGUAGAUGCCUGACGCAACGUGCUAAGGAAGACCAGUAGGAAUCCCACGGGGGAAAGCACACAACCUUAAAAAAGUACAUUAUUCAAAAGAAGGAGGAGGAGGAGUAGCUGGAGGAGGAGGAGUAGCUGGAGGAGGAGGAGGGGGAGGAGGAGCUGAAGAGAAUUAAAAAGAAGCAAUGGAGACUUCUGUGACAACCAACAGAACAAAUAGGAGUCUUUUCUAUACAGAUAGAUAAUGUAAUUUACCAACCUGCAGUGACUGUUGAUGAUUUCAGCAAUGCAUUCAAAAAUGUGCUUUUUCAAAUCAAGAAUGCCAAAAAAAACAAAAAUUAUUCUACUGCCUUUUCAAACACCAGUCUUUUUUUCUAGCCUGUUCUUUUUCUCAGAUGUUGUUGGGGCAUAAUCUCACUUUGUAAGCUUUUCUCAUGAAUUUAUUACACAUACUGUGGAAAGAGGUUGUAAGCUGUCUUGGGAGCACCAGGAAGCCAGUCCAUCGGAGGGGAUGGAAGACGUACCGUGAUGCAGGCUGCUUCCUGUCUCUCCAUCACCUGGCUUGCAAAAUAGAAGUCAGGCCCCGUGUCAGGUUCUUAAGGCAGAACAGAGGGACAAGACCCAUCCAUUCCCAGGGAAGUGAAACACAGCAUCCCUCAGCCCCAAAGCUGCCCCGUUGCAGUGGCCCCAGUCCUGUACCCAGGACUCCGUGUGGUCGUUGAUAACAACCGACCCAACUUUGGUCCAAAGAACUCCGCCUAGAAUUUCCCUCUUUCUCAGCCAGUAGCUGAAUCACUCCCACUGUCUCCGUGGUGAUAAGUGUUGUGAAACAGGUGAGAACCCCAAAGCAAGAAGAAAAACAAAACCUCCUGCCAGAAAGUUCUCCAGCACAACCCUCGUAAGUGUCAAAAACUGGAGAUGACCAGGUAAGCAGGUCAGAAGGACCUCUCUAGCCUCAGGAAGUCGUAUCAGGGGUAAUUCAGACAGGACUAGAGAACAUCGAUUCACGUAUCAUGGGAAUAAAUACCGUGCGUUACUGUAACAGGACGUUUAUUUAUAGGAGUCAGACUUCUUUUUUUGUUUUCUUAUUGGUGGGAGGUGGUCUACCUCUGUUUUAUCUUUUUCCCACUCUACUUUUCUUUCAAGAUAUCCAUUCUUUCUUGCUCCUCUUUUGGAGAUCUUUCUUUUUCUGCCCCACAAUUGGGAGAAGAGGACUUAGCUGUCAAAUUCCUAAUAAAGCCAUAUGUUCAAAAGCUGAAAAUCGAGGUUCUCCUGGAGAACUCAUUCUCCAUAUGCAUGAUUUGCUGCGAAAGGAAGUCAAAAGAAUGUCCUUGGGAAGAAGCCAGUGACUCUGCCCAUCAGUCACAAAGCUCUUUCGACCCUCAUUUGGUUGACAGCAAUCACUGAUUUGGGUAGCUCUGGGGAAAUCAGAAAUCAUUAUAUUGUGAAGAUAAAUAUGCAUUACAGUUACAAGGAGAGAGAAUUUUAGGUCUGGGUUUCUGAAAGAAAACACAAUGGCACGUUGCGAAGAAUGGAAGGAGAGAAGAUGGUGGGCUCGUGUGCAUUCCUCCUCGCCUCUCGUGCUUUUGCUGGGAGGUGAGAACUUACAUUGCAGGGUCGUGUCUCUAAGGCUCACUGUGGUUCCAACUCACCGUUUCAUAGUGUUGCAUGCUGUAGGAAGUAGCUAUUGCUGUUUGUAUUUUUUAUUUAAAUCACUAAAGCACUGUUUUCUUCUUUUGUAAAAAAAAAAACAACAAAAAAAAAAACAAAAAAAAACAUUGUUCACUGCUCACUUAUG